AUGGUGACGACCGUGAGGAAGUUCUUUAAGGCCAACGACGACACGUUCGACACGUGCAUCGCCGACAGCAACUACCAGCUCUACCCGUAUACGGGCGUCAUACCGGACGCGACGAUCGUUACGGGACUAGUAAACUCGAACGCCUGUAUGGGUAUCAUCACCGCCGUCGUGCUACUCAACAUGCCUCCAUGCAUUCUCGACGACUUAGCGAUGCGAGCAGCGUGCGAGACGAUUCUGUAUUACUCUGUAGCGCUGCGGCACGGCGUCGACGCCCCAACGGCUGAACAGUUUGACGAGCUCAUGACCUGGCGGCGUAGCGUGAAUUUCGCCAAAGCGGCGGGCAAACCGUACGACGGCAAUAAAGUCACGGUAAUGGACAACUUUACAGUGGUCUUGGACACGGAGGAGGCGGAUUCGAUCGAGAUGAAGGACGGGAAACAGCCUUCUUUCGUCUCCACCAACUCGUCGAUGGAUUUCUUCGUCGGUCGAGUCUCUGCUGCCGAGAACGGCGUCGAUGAUGCGCCCGUAACUACAGCGUCCAAGACUGUGACAACAAUUCAAUCCUCAGACACUAUGACUAUGAUAUUUCCACUCACAUCACUAGCUACAAUGCUAGUAAUAGUAGCAGCAUUAGUGUAA